CGCAGUCCCCUCCACUCUGGUGGCCCCGCGGCCCUGCGGGGAUUCCCGGGACCAGCUGGCCACACUGUCUUGGCGCGGGGCCCGCCCCGCCUCUCUCUCCCUCGGUGGGGCCUAGACGGCCCGAGCCGCGGGGACAUGGAGCCCUCUCCAGCCACCCGGGGCUCGGAGACCACUCGGCUGGUGAGCCCCCGGGACCGCGGCGGCGCCGGUGGCGGCCUGCGUCUGAAGAGUCUCUUCACAGAACCCUCCGAGGCCGUCUCUGAGGAGCCCAAGCCUGUGGAGGUGCCCUUCCACCUCUGCCACCGGGACCCCCUGCCGCAGCCAGGCCUCACCCCCGAGAGGCUGCAGGCACAGAGGCAGCUGUGUGCCGCCUGUGCCGUGUGCUGCGUCUUCAUGGCCGGGGAGGUGGUAGGUGGUUACCUGGCGCACAGCCUGGCCAUUAUGACCGACGCGGCCCACCUGCUGGCUGACGUGGGCAGCAUGAUGGGCAGCCUCUUCUCCCUCUGGCUCUCCACCCGGCCAGCCACCCGCACCAUGACCUUUGGCUGGCACCGCUCAGAGACUCUGGGGGCUCUGGCCUCUGUGGUCUCCCUCUGGAUGGUCACUGGCAUCCUCCUGUACCUGGCCUUCAUUCGCCUGCUGCACAGCGACUACCACAUCGAGGGGGGGGCCAUGCUGCUGACCGCCAGCAUUGCAGUCUGUGCCAACCUGCUAAUGGCCUUUGUGCUGCACCAGGCCGGCCCCCCCCACAGCCAUGGGUCCCAUGGGGCAGAGUAUGCACCGCUGGAGGAGGGGUCCGGGGAGUCCCUGCCCCUGGGGAACACCAGCGUCCGGGCAGCCUUUGUGCAUGUGCUGGGGGACCUCCUGCAGAGUCUUGGGGUGCUGGCUGCCUCCAUUCUCAUCUACUUCAAGCCUCAGUACAAGGCAGCCGACCCCAUCAGCACCUUCCUCUUCUCCAUCUGUGCCCUUGGAUCGUCAGCUCCCACCCUGAGAGAUGUUCUACGCGUCCUCAUGGAAGGUACCCCCCGAAAUGUGGGGUUUGAGCCAGUGCGGGAUACGCUGUUGUCAGUGCCGGGAGUCCGGGCAACUCACGAGCUGCACCUGUGGUCACUGACGCUCACGUACCACAUUGCCUCCGCGCACCUGGCUGUCGACCCCACGGCUGACCCCGAAGCUGUCCUGGCUGAAGCCACAUCCCGGCUGCACUCUCGGUUCGGAUUCUCCAGCUGCACCCUGCAGGUUGAGCAGUACCAGCCGGAGAUGGCCCAGUGCCUGCGCUGCCAGGAGCCCCCCCAAGCCUGA